CCAUAAAUCACUGAAAAAGGGGCUCAAUGCUUGUUGUGUUCUUAACUGUAAAUAAACAUUGUAACAAAAAUAACUGAUAGAAUAAUAACUAUAACACUAAUGGUAAAUAACCACUAGCGCCUUUGUUUUUCAAGGCCCGAACUAAGCAACGCAAGACGACGGCAGAGCUGAACUGAACAGAGCUUCUCAGUGGUACGACUGUGAGCAGAGCGAUCGUCCGCAUUCAAGUGUGGUGCAGGUUGUGCAGAGUAGAGUGGGUUGGUUGACUAACAUGUGGAGAGUGCGAGGUGAAGAGUAGUUGGUGAAGAGACGUGGCAAGUCCCAGCAAGAGACUAGUGCGCUGGAUUCGGUGGUGGAGGGAAUCUUUCCAGAAUACGGAAGCCUGAAGUCGGUGCUUCGCGAGAGUGGAAAGGCUUCUUAAUUUGCUUUGCCUCUAACAUUUGGCUUCUUUUUCAUUCCUAAGAUGCGGCACGUGGUUUUCAUUUGCUCUGUUGUAUUUGCCUGCUCUGGAGGAUCAGCUCUGGACGACUCCCUGGGCCUCCAAAAGUUGACCAAAGCUUUGUGGCCAAGUCACGGAAAUUAUACCACGAACUCCUUCGAUGCUCUCGACGCGUUACUCGUGGUCCUUAACAGCAAGGAACUUCACAAGCGACAAGCCCCUCCAACUUGUCCUUAUUGCCCCCCUUACUUCCCAUGUGCCCCUGGUUGUCCCCCAGCUCCCUCUCCCCCUACAUCCGGUCCUGUGGCUCCUGGACCCCCGGGACCACCCGGUCCACCGGGUCUGCCCGGGAGACCGGUCUACCGACCCGGGGUCAUGGGAUGCUCUGGCCCACCAGGUUUGCCGGGCGCCUGCAUCCCGGGCCCUCGAGGCGUGCCAGGUCAGGACGGCGCUGACGGUACCUGCCAGAGUCGACGGCCUGGCCAACUGACCAUCGACCCUAACCUCGUGCGCGGGCUCAUCGCGCAGAGACUUGUCUGCCAGUCCACCUAUCGAUGUCAGUUCAGUAUCGAUAACUUGCUGCUCCGCAUUCACCGCCUCGAGUCGCAGCUCGUCGCACUCGAGCACAUGAAGGCCAAAGUGGCGGACCUCGCUCAAACUUUGGCAUCCGUCAGGAGCCAAUACUUGACUCGAUUGGUUGUUGGAGCGAAAGGCGCCAAAGGAGAGCCAGGGGCAGAAGGCAGCAGGGGUCUGCCGGGAUACGAGGGACAGAUGGGACGCUGCAUCGAGUCGUCUCAAAACUUUCCUUUUCGACCCGGCACACCGGGACCUCCGGGUCCCAAGGGUGACCCGGGGAUUCCAGGAGACAAGAUUUGCGAGUGUCGAGGGGAUGUCGGAGAGCGAGGGUUCCCGGGUGAAACUCUUGGAGGGAUGCCAGGACCGCAGGGUUACAAAGGGACUAAGGGUGUGCAGGGGUUGCCUGGCUGCACUCAAACCCAAGGAGAAAAGAACGACCCGCAACUUGUGCCGUGCUACUGGUUCUACUUUGGGUGAUUUUUGUAAACUUUAUUUACGUUCAAAUUUGACUUCAGUUUCAAUUUUUGCGAUCAUGAGCCCUCUGCGGACUUUGUUGUUGAAGAUGUUAUGUUGACGGGUUCAAAUAAGGCUUACAAUGUGAAAUGUUUAAUUUAAUUCAAAAGCAUAUUUUUUCUGUAUCCCAAAAUCACCGCGGAGCUUUUGAUAUUUUUAUGCAAAUAGCUAAAAAUUGCUCAACUCGGAUUGUGUGCAAUGGUGCAAUUAUGAGAUAGUAUUGUGACGCCUACCACUUUCUUCAAAUAUUACAGACGCUCAGGAAUGAUUUCAUAUCAGACACGCUUGAAUUAACCCACUUUUAUAUCUAGCAUUAAUCACUCUCAGGAAUAAUUUCACUGUCACAGUAAACAUUAAAGACACAUAGGACUGAUUUCACACUCGCAUAAAGCAUUAAAACAGAUAUGAAUGAUAUAACUGUAACAUCAACCAUUACAGACACACAGGAAUUACCUUACUUUCGAUGUUUACCGCGUUGUUUGCUGCUGAUGCCCCGUCCGAUGUAUGGGAGCUGUAGCUGAGUGGUGUUGGUGCAGUGCAAUUUAUACCUCCACAGUCGCCGGGGCUAUUAUUAGUUGUUUUCAGAGUAAGAAUGAAAUGCAUAUUUCUUGUUUGUAAGUCAAGAAGGAGACUUUUUAAUGACGAAUUUCCAUCACACGCACAAUUUUGAAGUAUAAAAUACCAUCUCUGUAUAGUUAUUAAUUAAAAGUCUGUUUUUAAUUGCCGAUGAUCUAGAACCUGAGUUCCUGCUGAUUUUCAGUCAUAGGCAAUAACAAUUAAAAAAACUCAAAUCACAAUGCUUCUUAUCCGUCUUCGAAUAUUUUUAAUGCUGUAAACAACCAUUUUUCUGCACAUUUAUAUGGCGAAGCUGUAGCGUUACUUCCCUUCAUUUCAAACUGCAGCCAUGCUAUGGCGUAGCAUAGCUGUACACGAACACAAGUCCAAGCAAAUCUGAAUUUUUAAAUUUAUUCUCUCUUUUCAGCAUGAAAUAUUUUGAAUGCUUGAAACUAUUUCCAUAAAGUUUGAUCGUAAUUGCUUGGCGUCUAAGUGAAUAAUGAUGAUGUUUCCUUUGAAUAUUUAUAUUUAAGAGUUAGAAACAAUUUUCAACUACUGUAUGCUUAUCAUUGUAAAAGAAUUCAAUCUUUUGAUUAUGGUGCGAGGAAUGAUUGAUGAGUAGCAUUCCAGUUUCUGGUAUACUUAGUGCAUUGUUUUUAUAAGGAAUGUAAUAUAACAUUUUUGUAUUUACCUGUAAUUUUGACCUGCUCACGCCUCUACAAUGAGGAAGGCUUGUCUCGAGGUUCCAGUUAAAAGGGCAAAUUUUUGUGCUGAAAUAUAAAGAAUUGUAGAUUGUAUUACUCCGCACUUUAAUGGUGCUAAUUUGUUAAUCACUGUUUUACAAAAGGAUUUGAGAUAAAGCGAACGAUAUGA